AUGGGCCGCCCUCGUUCCUCGUUCCUCCCUGGUCGAGCUCGUACACAGGCCCGCAAGCGCACGGCUCGGGUCGACUCGUUCCUCGUCAAGCACUACACUCUGUUCAACUCUCUCGCUCGUUACGCCGAGGACGGCCCUUCCGCCCUCCCCGAAUCACCGCGCAAUCAGGCCUCCGCUUCGAUCCGUCAAGCCGCCCUCAGAGCCCGAAGGCUCGCCCAUGUGAACAAAGAUCGUCCUGGCGGUGGCAGCUCGAACUACACUUGGCCGCUGCCGUUUCCUCAGCUGCCUGCAUACUCCCAAGAGCCAAAGGAGCACCUCAACGAGCUGGUGGAUCAGAUCGUCAAGGAGACGUUCGAAGCAGACUAUGCCAAGUUCCGAUCGUGGAGGUGGGCGAGCCAGCAUCGCAUCUCGAAAAAGCAUCUGGAACAGAUCAUCGUCGAUCCCACAGAAGUGGAGGAGAGCGCAGUUGCGGCCAAAGCCUUGGUCGAGACGGUGCUGGGCAGGUUCGUUUCAGCGGUCGAGAAGGGCGAGAUCGGUGCCAGCAAGGCGUUCGCGAAACGCAGCUCCACAUCAACGGAGUCACUCGGUUCAGCCUCGGCAGCCGACGCCGGACAGCAAGAAGUAGGAGGAGUGACCGCCGCGAGUGCCGAUACUCCGCUCGAUGCAGAUCCCGACCUCGACGAUGAGGAGCUCGACGAGGAGAUCUGGGGAGAUGAUCGGUCCGCGAUGAAUUGGACGGAGCUGCUCGACUAUCUCCAAACGACGGCGGGCACCUCGAAAACGUCGCAAUGGAGGAACUGGCACCUGCUCGAUGCCAUCGCAAAGACUCGACAGCGUUGCGAGGAGCUCUUCGGUCGAGAAGAUUCUUGA